AUGGCCGCGCCGCUCCCGCCGCCGCUCCUCGGGGCCCUGCUGGUGACCCUGGCGGUGCCCCCCUCCUCCUCCGCUGCCGGGCCCGAGGCCGCCCACCAGGCCAGCGCCGCCCCGUCGGUGGAGGUGAGGCUGGGGGUGCUGCUGCCCGGGCGCAACGUGCGCUACCCCUGGGCCUGGCCUCGCGUGGCCCCCGCCCUGAGCCUGGCCCUGGAGGCGCUGGAGCCCCAGCUGCGCCCCCAAGGCCUCGACGUGCGCACCGCCUUCGCCUCCACCGAGAACGAGGACGGCGUCUGCUUCCACCACGAGGCUCAGGCCAAGGCCAUAGAUCUGAAGGGCUCCCACGACCCGGACGUGCUGCUCGGGGCGGGCUGCUACGGCACAAGCUACGCAGUGGCGCUCUUUGCCCGGCACUGGCAGGUGCCGCUCCUUCGAGCCGGGGCCUAUGAGAGGGGCCCGGAAGCUUUCAGCAGCACGAUGGUGUAUGCCGGCCCCCUGGGGCCCGCCCUCGACGGCUUCCUGCUCCAGCUGCUCCGGCGCUUCAACUGGACUUCCCGCGCCGCCGCCGUCGAGUACGUCGAUUACUUUGAAUUCUUCCCCUACGUGCACCGACCGAGCACCGACGACUUCGAGACCCGCUUCCACAACUAUCGCCAGCCGGGGGAGGCCGUCCGCUUCAUCCAGGCCAACGGGCGAGUGGUCUACAUCACUGGGCCCCUGAAGAUGUUGCAGGAGAUCAUGCACGUGGCGCAGGCUCAGAACAUGACCAGCGGUGACUACGUCUUCAUCUACCUGGACAUUUGGGGGGAAAGCCUGAGAGCUGAGGGGCAUCGUGAGGCCAAGAAGCCCUGGCAGAGCAAGGAGAGCCAAGAUAUGGGGGAACUUCGAGAGGCCUUCCAGACGGUGCUAGUAAUCACUUUCCAUGAGCCCCAAACCCCCGAAUACUGGCGUUUCCAGAGCCAGCUGAUCCUGCGUGCCCAGAGAGACUUUGGUGUGGCUGGGAAUGACUCCAUGGAGACCCUGGUGGCUGGCUGCUUCCAUGAUGUUCUGCUGCUGUAUCUCAAGGCUCUGAACGAGACGCUGCAAGAAGGUGGAACCAAGCGGAACACCAGCCGCAUCCUGGAAAAGAUGAGGGGCCUGAAAAUCCAGGGUGUCACUGGGACAGUGAGCCUCAAUAGAGACAAUGACCGAGAGAUGGAUUUUGACCUGUGGGCCAUGAGGGAUGUGGAGAGCGGAGAAUUCCAGGUGGUGGCUCAUUACACAGGACCAGAGAAGCAGAUCAACUGGACAGGGCCCAUCCACUGGAAGAAGGGGAGCCCUCCUCUUGACAAUCCACCAUGUGUCUUCAACAUGGACGACCCCUCCUGUGCAUCAUUGGGAACCACGGCAGCCUCAAGUCUUCUGACUCUUGGUGAGCAACGGCUGGGCCCUCAAGAUCUCCAGUGGUGGGCUGGUCAGUUUCCAGCAGAGCAGGAAAAGAAGCUGCCACCUUAUAGAGGUGAGAAGCGGAAAAGUACAGUUUUGGGAUCAUCUCAGGAGACAGCUGUGUGCAGCAGUGCUUUCUCUGUGGAGAGCAGUGACCUCAGCCUCGAGGUGGAAGAAGGAAGAUCUCCUUUGACUUCGAAGAAGCCAAAGCCUGCCUUGUUGUAG